AUGACGGAUGUUGAGAGAUUGUAUCACAUUGGCAGAGAAGGAAACAUUGGGCAUACAACGAAAAAACUUCAAAAAGAAUGGUACAAUGACGGAUUUAGAGAAAAACUGAUUUACUUAUCGAACUACAAAAAUAAUCGACUUAAUGACGUAAAUAUAUUAACAUUUGCGAUUACUUUUCCUGGACCAAAAUCACAUCCAAUACUAGGAAAUAUCGGAAGUGUGACGUAUCACAACACGGACUGUCCUCACGUUUUACUUUUUCAACUUCUAACCGGAUUUACUAAAGUUUUCGAAAAAGAAAGAGUAUUCAGAUUUUGGGUAUGUUUCCGUCCGAUUGUAGCGCUCUACAAACCAGAAAUGGUUGAAGCACUUCUCAGCGGAGUUAGAACUAUGGAUAAAGCCUACGAAUAUAGAUUUCUUCAACCUUGGCUCGGUACAGGACUUUUAACGAGUACCGGGAAUAAAUGGAGAAAGAGAAGGAAAUUGUUAACUCCGAGCUUUCAUUUCCGCAUUCUGGAAGACUUCUUGUUCAUUUUUGAUAAACAAUCGAAAAUUUUGAUCGAUGUCAUGAAAAAAUCCGAUCGAAAAGUUGUAGAUAUUGUUCCUUUAGUAACUAUGUGCACAUUGGAUAUUAUAUGUGAGACUAUUCUGGGUGUAAGUAUAAAUGCCCAGUAUGAUACAGAAUCUGAAUACGUUCGAUCUGUUCAUAACAUAGGUGAGAUGUUUCUAGCUCGUGUAAUGAGACCUUGGUUGUGGUCGGAUUUUAUCUUCUACAGAUCCAAUUUCGGAAAGGAAUUUAAAAAAAGCUUGGAUAUUCUUCACGAAUUUUCUAUGCAGGUGAUUCGAACUAAAAAACAACGAUUGUUACUUGAAGUAAAUGAUUUUGAUUCCAUGGAACCAAAACGUCAAGCUUUUUUGGAUCUUCUCUUAAAUCAUCACUUUCAGGAUUCAAAUUUUAGUGAGGAAGAUAUCAGAGAAGAAGUGGAUACGUUUGUUUUCGAGGGGCACGAUACGACUGCCAUGUGUCUGAGCUGGACUCUUUAUCUAAUUGGUUUGCAUCAAGAAGUACAGUUAAAACUCCAAGAAGAGCAACAGAUUAUUUUCGGUGAUGAUAUCAAUCGUCAAGUUACAAUAGAUGAUUUAAAGGAGAUGAAAUAUCUCGAAUGCGUUAUAAAGGAAUCUCAAAGAUUAUAUCCAUCUGUUCCAUUUCUGGGACGAGAAAUUAAUGAAGAUACUAACAUUGAUAAAUAUUUACUUCCAAAAGGUACGACGUGCUUUGUUUUCUCAUACAUGUUGCAUCGUGAUCCUGAGAUUUUUCCUGAUCCUGAGAUUUUUCAACCGGAACGAUUUUUACCCGAAAACUGUUUGAACAGACAUCCUUACGCCUAUGUUCCUUUCUCGGCCGGUCCAAGAAACUGUAUUGGUCAGAAAUUCGCCAUGAUGGAACUAAAGACCGUAAUAUCAACUGUAUUGAGGAACUUUCAUUUGAAAUCAUUAAAAGAGCGUGAUCAAAUCCUUCUCAUCGCGGAAAUGGUUUUGAGACCUAAAAAUGGCUUAUUCAUAACAAUAAAAGAACGAGAAAAUAAAACAAUUUAUUAA